GCUGAAAACGUGCAAUUCUACUUUCAUACAUAAUCUCAACAAAUACUGCAACCAUGGUCUCCACUACUUCUAAAGUCGUCGCCGCCGUCCUCGUUAUGGGAGGCCUCCUCGCCACGCAGCUCGAUCUCACCAAGGAUGCUUCCGUCGCUACUCCUCACGCGAACGCGCCUUCCAAAACGACCGCCCGGGGCUUAAAGGGGGCUCGCCGAUUGGCGUCGGGUGCUACUGACGGAUACGGAAGCAUUGACGCUGUGUCCACUACCGGGGUUUCUGGGAGCGCCGGUGCAGGAGUGACCAAACAAGAAGCUCUAGUGAACAACAAAGGAAGCUUUGUGGUCACGGGAUCGGCAGGCAGUCCGGGUGGAAGCACUGGUGGUAGUGCGGGUGUCGCCAUUGAUCAAGCUGGAGUGGAAUCGAAAGGCAACGCAGCCAACUACGGCGUUGUAGACCCGGCUAUUGUGGCCGUCACGUCCGGCGGUACCGGCUACUUUGUUGGUUCUUUCGACACGGAAGCCGUCGCCACUGAGUCGCCUGAUGUUACCGAGGCGCCUACUGUCACACCACCCGUGACUAUCAGUCCUACUAGCGGGAAGGCCGGGAAAUCAUCCAAGCCAAGCCCCAGCGGAAAGGCCGGCAAGUCGUCGAAGCCAAGCCCGAGUGGGAAAGCUGACAAGUCGUCCAGUCCGAAAUCUUCCAAGUCGGGAACGCACUCUCCAUCGGGAACACCCUCUCCUAAAUCGUCCAUGCCACCGGUGGACGAUAGCCACGACAGCCCUGACGACGCCGAGAUGAACUUUGAAGUACCCAGCAAGCUCUUGGUCGACUUGGCUGAAGAGGAACCUACCCCGGCUUCUGAGAGCGGUACCUCGUACGCCGCCGCGGGUGGUAGUUUUGCUUCCGUCAUCAGUGGUGGCACGAAUACUGGAGUUGCCCCUGCCAAUGCGGUGGCUCCCGGCUACGCCACCGGCUCUGGUGGUGUCGAGAGUGUGACGGUAGAGGCUGGCGGUGCUGCUGACUCCACGGCCAAUGACUCCACGGUUAGUGCGGCUGCAGACGGUGGCGCCGAGCAGGACGGUUCGUUCUAUGCCUAUAUCGGGGCAUCCGCAAGCCCGGGUGCGACUGUUGCUCCCGUCGGUGACGCUGUCAUUUCUGCCGGUAUUGAAGGAGUGUUCGGUACUGUUGGAGAGGCUGGAGUCUAA